CACUCAUCCUUCCUUCACUUUAACUUCAGACGAGAAACACCAUCACCAACAUCACCAUGAAGCUCUGCGUAGUGACCAGCGGACUCCUCUUCGCAUGCCUCGCCGCAGCGGCAACCCCUCCAAAUUCUGGGCUGCGGUCGUCCGAGCGAAGGCAGGCAGGCAGAAGAUCAGAACUGCGGCCUCGAGGUUCGGGCGUUGCCCCCGGUCCAGACGACAGUGGCUGGGCGGGCGCCAUUCACAGCGGCAAAGAUAUAACCGAAGUCAGUGGCACUUUCAUCAUCCCCCAGCUCUCGCGGCCACCCAAUGCGGACGCGGAUACAACGUACGUCGGUUCCGCGUGGCUUGGCAUCGAUGGCGACGAGAACUGCCCAGGCGCCAUACUGGAGACUGGUAUCGACUUUUUUGCUAGUCCCGAUGGAUCGAUUGAAGUCGAUGCCUGGUCCCAAUGGACUCCAGGAUAUCAAUAUUCGUUCCAAUCAUUGAAGAACCUCGAGGCCGGCGUUGAGCUCCACUUUCACGUCAAAACCAACGGCGCCACUGGCGGCACGGCGCAAAUCUACGUGCCAUCCACGGACGAAACUUGGACUCAAACCUACACGGACCAACCAGCGCUUUGCCAGACAUCCGCGGAAUGGGUCGUGGAGAAUCUUCUCACUACCGAUGCGAAUGGCAUCAGGACCAUCCCCCCUUUGAUAGACUUCUCCGACUUGACGUUCACUGGAGCAAAGUACACGCACGAUGGCGGAGUCCAGAGCGGCGCGGCAGGGUCGAGACCGCAAGCCAUCAAUGUUGGUGGUGUUGUGCGUGCGGCUGGUCAGGCAGUCGGGGAGGACAGCGUGGUGAUCAAGUACCACGCAUCGAACUGACGGUGAUCGGGCGGACGAUUUCGAGACGGGUGUAAGCCAUUCAUCCACGUUCCCUUCUCUAGACCUCUAUUAGUAUACCUACGUACAUCCCUUUUCACACGGUCUCCCCCA